AUUGAACCAAACGUCUGCAUGUCCGCAACAACCGCAGCUACGGCAGCAGCAACAGCAGCAGCCGCAGCAGCAGCAUCGCAUGUGCCAACGGCUGACAUUGCGCUGUGGCUGCAGAAGCGACUGCCUGCAGACGAUCCGUGGUGCGCCUCGGUCAUUGUGCAGUCCUUCACUCCCGACGUCCUGCGCUCCAUCUGCGAGGCCUGGCACGGGCUCGACGCGUCCGUCAAAGUCAAGGUCCUCCUCUCCUUCCUCAGCAUCCGCAAGCGCGACAUGCGAGAGUUCCGCACGCAGCUGGAGGAGCUGCUCGCAGUGGCCGGCAGAGACGAGGACGAGUGGGUUCGCCUCGUGUGGGACUUGCUCAAGCGCUACCCUGCAGACUCGACCCUGAUGCCAUCGUGGGACAACGAUGCCAGUCUCAUCACGCAGGCGCACGGCGAGCUCCGCGAAAAGCUUCUCUCGGAAACUCCGAUGAAGCUGCUGCCGCUCGACUACCUCUUCUUGAACUCGCAGGUGCGAGUGCAAUUGAUGCAAGAGCAGUUUGCCACCUUCCAUCCACAGUCCAACCCACAGCAGUUUCUCGACUCGCUUGCCGACACGAAACACCAUUUCAAGCUGAAACGGCCGCCAAAGUCGGCCAGUCUGCGAGAAGAUUUGCGCAAGAUGGAAACCGCAACCGUCAAACGCCAAACAUUCAACUCGCCGGCAAACAUGCCAUCGAUGCAUCAGUCUCGGCCUAUCAAUCGACAAUCUCUGCCACUCCUGCACGACCAGCCACUGGCAGCUCCACGAAAGGUGCUGGCUAUGCUUGCCGUGGACAGCGAAGAAUCGAGGGCAUUGGCAGAGCGAACGGACAAGAUAAAGCACACACCGGAAGAACUCCAUCGGUUGCGGAUGGAGAAACAUCAGCAAAAAGAGGCCGAUUUGCAGCUCAAAAAACUGCAGCGCACCGAAGAAAAGGAAGCCGCCAAAGCAGCGAAAAAGGCUGCCAUCGAAGACAAAAGGCAAGAGGCCAAGGACGCAAAAGAUGCCAGAGCUGCUAUUGCUGAGAGCAAGCUGCAGGCAAAGGCAACCGCAGCUGAUGGCCCACAAGGCAACAGGAAAGCACUGGGAGAGAUUGAAUUCCACAUCCAAGAGUUCAAUCUCGACAAGGUUGGCACGGCUGCUGACGACUCGCAUGCACCUCAGCAGGGCUCUUUUGCUGGCCAGCCGUCUGCUCCGGCUGCCGAGGCAGAGCAGGGGCCUCGCGCUUGGACCUUCUUUGAGUAUGCGCCCGGUGCUGACGCUGACGAGUUUAGCAAUGAUUCGGCCCCUCAGCCGCCACGCUCGGCUGGACCCCGCCCUCCGACCUCGUUCGUCGAUUUUCACAGCCAUGAAGAGCACGAUUCUCACGACGAGUCGCAGGCAAUGGACACUCGGGAGGAGAAUCCAUCCUCGUCUGCAACGCAACAACAACAGCAUCCUGCUGCACCACAACAGCCGGCGCCUGAGCCCCGCUGGGGCGGCGACGACCUCACCCAGGCUAGCACACAAGAGCAGCAGCGUGUGCACAACGAGCCGGCCAGUGUCGAGCGCGCCGGCGAACAUGGACCUGCCGCCACCCAUGCCCCUCCGCCAGAACCGGGCCAUUUCCCGUUCUUGCCGCCCGGUCCUGGUCCGAUGCAGGUGGGACCAGAUGGGGUGCAACGCCCCAUGGUGUUUAUGAUACCCCCCGGCUUUCCCCGCGGUGCACCCAUGCCUGCGGGAUUCCCUGGAUUUCCACCACACCCACCCGUUAUGCCAGGUGGCAGUGGCGCGCCAGCUCCCUCGGGCAACACCACGCCUGGGCCAUUCCCAGGUGGUGCCGUCCCACCUUUUCCCCCGCUUCCUGCUCUUGCCGGUCUCCCACCGCCUCCGCCUCCUGGGCAUCCUGGUUUCCCGAUGCAAAUCCCCCUAUCGUUCUUUCAAGCCAUGCAACAGCAACACCACCAGCAGCAUCAGCCUGGUUCCAAUCCACAUGGAAUGCCGCCCUUGCCGCCACCUCCCAUGCCGCCGAUGCCACCCAUGCCACCUGGUUUUGCUUUCCCAAUGUACCAUCCGAUGCAGGGACCCCCUCCAGCAUUUGCCCCACACCAACCUUACCCCGGUUCCUCGACAGAUGCGCAUGCCAAUUCGAGUGUUCCUGGGCAACCGCCGUACCAUCCAUUCCCCGUCCCGCCGCUGCCGCAGCAACCACCGCCGCAGCAACAGUAUCAACAACAGCAACCGUACCAACAGCAACCGUACCAACAGCAACCGUACCAACAACAGCCGUACCAACAACAACAGCAGCCGCAGCCGUACCAACAGCCCCAGCAGCAGCAGCAGCAGUCUCAAGACUUGCUGUAA